UUCGACGACCAGUACCGGGGCUGCAGCCACAUAAUGGAGGAGGAGCUGGAGGAGCUCAACCGCACCGAGUUCGCCAAGAACAGAGUCUACGCCCAGGUUUGGAAAUUUGCCACUGCCGUGUGGCGGAGCCAGGGGGGCCACAUCCCCCAGGUGCCGGAACUGCGGUGGGAGCACGCAGUCGCGAUCAUGGCGUACACCCUGGAGAUGCCAAGCCACAAUCCCAUGUACAAGGUGUUCAACGCCGCCGUGCGCGAGGCUGGGCGCUCCCGCGAGGAAUACCUGAACAACUUCCACUUCAAGGUGCUGCAUUUCCUCCUGACCAAGGCCCGGCAUGCCCUGUGGGAUGCCCAGACCCGAGAGUGCCACUGCGUCUCCCGGGGCGUCCAGGGCAUCCGCUUCAUCGCCCAGCGCCACCAGUCUGUCCGCUUCGGCCAGUUCACCUCUACCUCCUUCUGCGACAAGGCCGCCCAGGAAUUUGGCAUUGACACCACCUUCAGGGUGCAGACCUGCUACGGCGUCCCCAUCAGGGACUUCUCCGCCAUCCCCACGGAGGAGGAGGUCCUCAUCCCACCCUUUGAGGUCUUCAACGUCACCAAGGUCACCCACAAAGGGAACAGACCCAUCAUCCACCUCCGCUCCAAGAACACGAGCAGCACCUACAACUGCGAGCUGGCAAAAGGUGACGUCCCUGGGGGACGGUCCCUCCCCACCGCCGGGGUGCAGGGGCUGCGGGGCAGCCCCGCCCCACCAGCUCUGCCGGGAAAGGGGGGGGGUCUCCAUCAUGGGGAGGGUGAGGUUGGGAGCUCGAUUUCAGGCAACGUCCUUGCACAUCUCCCAGCCGCCCUCACCCGGGGUUUGCAAUGGGGCCCUUGGCGGCACGGCACAGCACGGCACGGCACG